UUCCCCGGAAGUGCGCGAGUAGGAACGGAAGUGCCCGCCGACUGCAACCGGCAACGGGUUCGCUAUGGUGGGCGGCGGCGGCGGCGGGGUAGGGGCUAGCCUACUGGAGAACGCUAAUCCCCUCAUCUAUGAGCGCUCCGGGGAGCGGCCGGUUACCGCAGGCGAGGAGGACGAGCAGGUUCCAGACAGCAUCGAUGCUCGCGAGAUCUUCGAUCUGAUUCGCUCCAUCAAUGACCCGGAGCAUCCAUUGACGCUAGAAGAAUUGAACGUAGUAGAGCAAGUUCGAGUUCAGGUGAGCGACCCUGAGAACACAGUGGCUGUGGCCUUUACACCCACCAUUCCGCACUGCAGCAUGGCCACCCUUAUUGGCUUGUCCAUCAAAGUCAAACUUCUGCGAUCCCUUCCCCAGCGUUUCAAGAUGGAUGUGCACAUUACACCAGGGACCCAUGCCUCUGAGCAUGCAGUGAACAAGCAACUUGCCGAUAAGGAGCGGGUGGCAGCUGCCCUGGAGAACACCCACCUGCUGGAGGUUGUGAACCAGUGCCUGUCAGCCCGCUCCUAAAACUGGCUUUUCACCCCCCUCCCCCACCCAGGGCUCAUGGCCUUGUUUGAAUCACUGACAAUGAGAAACUAACAUUUUGCAUUUUGUAAUAAACCCUUAAUUUAUAUUCAUUGCCCAGGGUGCCUUAGAGUCUUUCAUCUUGAUGGGAUCACUCCAGGUUUGGGAGGGCGGGGUCGUAGUGAGUGCCUGUACAGGUUGGGUCCAUACGAUACAGUUAAUUUUUAAAAUUUCUCCUGAUGGUUUGGUUAGGAAAAGUUGCAAGUACAGGCAUACUUCAGGUAUAUUACAGAUUUGGUUCCAGACCACUGCAAUAAAGUGGAUAUUGAAAUAAAGCAAAUCAAAUGAA